CUUCCUUAUUUUAGCAACUCCCUAAGUGCUGAAGAAAACAAAAGAAUCUUCGGCAAGUGUAACAACCCCAAUGGACAUGGGCACAACUAUAAAGUGGAAAUAACUGUAAGGGGAAAAAUUGACCCUGAGACUGGUAUGGUGAUGAACCUCACAGACCUCAAACACUACAUUGAGGAGGCAGUCAUGAAACCUCUAGACCACAAAAACCUGGAUAAGGAUGUUCCAUACUUCGCAAAUGCAGUUAGCACUACAGAGAAUUUAGCUGUGUUCAUCUGGGACAGCUUAGUGAAGCUCCUGCCACAAAAUGCACUCUAUGAAGUGAAGAUCCAUGAAACUGAUAAGAACAUUGUUGUUUACCGUGGAGAAUAGAAUUUACUUUGACUUUACAUCAAUAUCGAGAGUAGCUUGCUAUGGGGACCAAAUAGAAUAAGUGCAUUUUAACAACAAUUUUUAAAAACAUGUUUCAGUGUUGUUACAGAAUGUUGUAACACUGACAAAUCAUUUUAAAGUUUAAAUUUACACAGACAUAUACAGUAAUGAUUUAAAUGAAUGUGUUUUUUAUUUAGUUUUUUUUCACUCUUUGCAAUCUCCAUUAUUAUGUGUUUUCAUGUGAAAGAAUUGCAAACUGGAAUAGGGCUGUUUUUUUUCCUGGUAAAUUAACUUGAACAUUUUCUUAAUAUCUUUUCAUGCCUUUCUCAUUUUCUCAUCAACACUGAUGACACUUAAAUGAAAACACAAAAACAUUUGACCCCCUCUUCUUUUAUUGCUUCUUCAUGAAUCAAGUGUGUGUUUAAUUUUUAUGAUAUACAGGUAAGGUUGUAGCCAGUUACAUCAGAGAACAAAAUUGAUUAUAGAGUGUUACCUGUGCCAGCAUGUGAAUUUAAAUGAUAAUAUUGAACAUGAUAGAAAAUUGAACUUACGCCCUAUUGUUUUCUACUGUUUUUAAAUGUAAUUAUUCCAAGAAUAAAUGUUGAAUCUUUAGAAACAUUUGCAGUACUUAAUAUCUUUGGAACUGUGAAGCUUAUGAAUUUCAUUUUGCUGUUUGCAAUUAAGUUAAUACCAGCCUUACCUUCAGUGAGAGUUCUAAAGGAUCAGAUUAAUUUUAGUUGUAGGAAAUGUAAAAUACCCCUUAUUUUUGGAAUUUUCGAAGAUGCACUGACAUUAUACCUUCAGUUAAAUUAAAAGAUUAAAAAAUGGUUUGGAUUGUUCAUUGGGGCAUCAUGAAUGUAUCAUAUAUUUUUAAAUCUUUAAAAUCCAAUUGAUCUUUUUUGGAAAUUAUUUUAAUUUUAGUUGUUAAGGCAGAUACUAAUGAUAUCCAUAUUCUUUUUUAUAGACACAUACACAAAUAAAUGUAUAGUUCUACAGUAUGUUUCAUUUAGAUGUAAAUUUGAUAUACUGUAGAUGUUGACAAGACAAUGAAGCAGCAAUUUAGAAGAGCCAAGAAGAAACCUUUAGAUUUCAUUGAGAUCGUUUAUCAGAUAAUGCCAGAUACUGUAUGUAAUUGGUUGUGUCCUUGUGUGGAAGCAUCAAAUGUAAUUAUGUGAUUUUAUGUUUAAACAACAGAGGGUGCUACAAAGCAUUUUUUCCUGUGUGUAAUGGAAAAAAGUUAGAUAAAAUACAAAGAAUUAUGUCUUUAGUGAGAUCAGAAUGAGUUUUUGUCAUUAUAAAUAAAAGAUCAGGCCAGUAGGGAGAGCAUGAUGGCUCAAUCUGACCAUAUCAGAAUAAUAUUUUCUCUGGAGACCCCGGUGGAGCAGUGAAAUAUUGACAUAAAGGCAUAGAGUAGCAAACAGUAGGAAACCUAUUCUGUUUAUAUUUGUCUCUGUAAUUCCUUUUAAGUGUUUCUACUAAUAGCCUUAUAUAACCUUUUCUCUUGAAAUGCCAUAGUUCACGCACUCCCCUUAUCCCCUGCUUGUCAGUAAAACUUCAAAUUGAAAGGAUUCAUGUCCAUGAUCCUGUUUUGGCUUCUAUGAAUAGGUACUAGUGUAAUCUGUAUAGGGAUAAAUAGUACCAUGCCUGGACAUGCGGUCAAGUUCAAGUCCUUACAUCUCUUUGAUGUACAAUGCAGAGUUUAAAACUAAUUAUUGUCGAAAUGCCAUGUUAUUGAAGCCAGUAACAUCACUUCUUUCAAGAAAUGGCUGGUAGAGGCGAUCAGUUAUCUACCAAAAUCAAUCAGCUGCAGUAGAUUGGACAAGUACUCUCUUACUUGUGAAUUUUCUUGUGCUAUAUACAGUAUAUACAGUAUACUGCUUGUCACAAAAAAAGUCACAAAAAUAAUUGAAGAUGUGCUCUUGAUAAUGCAAAUAACGUUGAUUAAAAAGCAUUAGGAAGGAGCAUUACAUAAUUGUUUACUGUAUGUUAACUUGAACCAUUUUAUAAUCCAAAUACUAUGCUUGACAUAAGUUAAACUAAUGUUUCAAAGCAAAAAGUGACAUGUUUAUACUGUAUGCAUAAGAAACACGACCUUAUGUCAAGUUAUGUAAUGGGGAAAAAUAAAAUUACUGAAAAUUUCUGAAUCCUCUGAA